GGGCCGUAAACAGCGCGACGGGACCGGCCUACCGCUGGUGCCGCUGGCCCGGCCGCCGCCACCGCCUUCUCUUCUCCUGCCCUCCUUCCGCACGGGUCCGGCGGCACGGCCAGACGCGGCGGCAGCCGGGGGACGGCGGGCUCAGCGGCCCUUGGCGGCUCCCGAGACCCAGACGUGAUCCCGUUCCCGGCUCCUUCUCAGUUGCAGACAACUGCGAAUAAUGUGAACAAUACAGUAGUAACAGAUUUCUUGCUGACUAUCUGAACACUGAAUGGGAAGCAAAGGUCUGGAGCCUGGCAUGGAGGAGAUCCCAGUUAAAGUUGCAGUCCGAGUCAGACCCCUGCUUUCCAAAGAAAUACUUCAUAACCACCAAGUGUGUGUCAGAUUAGUCCCAAAUGCGAAACAAAUUAUCAUUGGAAAGGACCAUGUCUUCACUUUUGAUUUUGUAUUUGGCAAAAGCUCAACCCAAGAAGAAGUUUAUACUGUUUGCAUUAAGCCUCUUCUAGUGUCUCUGACUGAGGGAUACAAUGCUACAGUGUUUGCAUAUGGACAGACUGGUUCUGGGAAGACUUACACCAUUGGCGGUGACCACAUUGCAUCAGUUGCAGAGGAUGAAAAAGGCAUAAUCCCACGGGCUAUUCAGGAAUUAUUUCAGCAUAUUUCUGAAAACUGUGAUGUUAACUUCUAUGUGAAAGUAUCUUAUAUAGAGGUUUACAAGGAAGAACUUCGAGAUUUGUUGGAGCUGGAGACCUCUGUGAAAGAAUUACGUAUCCGAGAAGAUGAGAAGGGAAAUACAGUGAUUGUUGGCGCUAAAGAAUUCCAAGUAGAAUGUGCAGAUGAAGUGAUAAGCCUGCUGGAAAGUGGCAAUGCGGCUCGUCGCACAGGCACAACGCAGAUGAAUGAGCACUCUAGUCGAUCUCAUGCCAUUUUUACCAUCAGUAUUUGUCAGAAGCAAUCUGCAGAGUCUCAAAAAAAUACUGAUGCUGCACGGGAUUUGAUCGCUUCGAAGUUUCAUUUCGUGGAUUUGGCAGGAUCAGAGAGGGUAGCAAAAACUGGAAAUACUGGUGAACGCUUCAAGGAAUCAAUUCACAUUAACAGUGGUCUCUUAGCCUUGGGAAAUGUCAUCAGUGCCCUUGGAGACCCAAAAAGGAAAAGUGUACAUAUUCCAUACAGGGAUGCUAAAAUCACUCGUAUUUUGAAGGACUCCCUUGGAGGAAAUGCCAAGACUGUUAUGAUAACAUGUAUAAGUCCAUCCUCACUGGACUUUGAUGAAUCUUUAAAUUCUCUCAAAUAUGCCAACAGAGCCAAAAAUAUUAGAAAUAAACCAGUAGUAAAUUACAACCCCGAAAAAGACCGCAUUGAUGAAAUGGAACUUGAAAUCAGAUUACUUCGGGAUGCUUUGCAGAACCAGCAGAUCAGUAAUCAGUAUUUACAUGACUUAAAUGAAGAAAAAGCUCGUAUCAGUUCACUCGAGGAGCAGCUCACCCGCCUUCAGGUUCAGUAUUUCAGUUACAGAAAUUGUGUAGAUGAAGCCUUCCCCUUUCUACUUGAUUUGAAUGAUGACAUUAGCUUAAGAAGAAGUCAGCGGGACAGGUUGCAGAGGUGGAUCACUAUGGUACAGAAAGUAAGGAAGGAAGCUCUCACCGUCCAAGAAACUGACACAGGGACUGAGAUGAGCCCAGAGCCGCAUCAUGCCAUGAUUCUUCAACUAAAGAAGGAACUAAAGAAAUACCAGCAGGCACUAGUUGUGGAUGAAGAAGUAUUCAGCCAGAAGGAUCGUGAAGUCCAGAUACUACAGAAUCAGAUAAAGACAUUACUACAGGAAAAUGAAGAACAACUGGAAUCUUUAAAGGAGGCUCAGGAAACACAUAGAUUACAGACUGAGAAAAUGGUAGAACAGCAAAUGCUUAUUGAUCAGCUAAAAGAAAAAUUAGAGAAGAUUACAGAUGUGAAAACUUUAGGUAUCUCAAAUGCUUGUGAAGAUGGGCCAGCAUUUGCAAGGAGACCCUACAGUGUCCCACUCACACAAAAUCUGCUACGCUUCCUUCAUCCACCUUCAGGUACAGAGACCCAAAAGGUGUAUACCAGCCUCUGUGCCUUCUCCCUGAACAGGAGAAUGGCAGAAUUCCACGCUCGCAGACAGAUGAUACUGAGCAAGAUAGAAGAUCAGGAUAAAGUCCUUCACUGCCACCUCUCUGAUCAGAGUGAUGAAGAGGAAGAAAAUACAGGCAGCAAAGACAAAACCUCAUUUAAGCAUUCCAUAAACCAAACAUGGACACAAAAUCAGGCUUCUCUGUGCACUCUUCCUGAUCUAAGUGAUAUGAAAUGUCAAAUAAACAAGUCUGGUUUAUCCAACAAAUUUGUGCUACAGAUUGACACAGUCACAGGUGAAAAGAUUGACAGCCUCCAGAAAAUUCAUGUUUUUAACAUACAGAAGUUGAAGAUUUCAGAGUUGAGAUUCACUGAGGCUGAGCAAAAAAUAAGAGAACUUGCACUUAAUAUCAAAAUGAAAGAGGAACUUAUUAAGGAAUUAGUAAGAACAGGUAAGGAUGCUCAGUCUGUAAGUAGGCAAUAUUCUUUGAAGAUAACUAAACUGGAGCAAGAAACUGAACAGGCCAAAAUGGAACUGGCUGAAACACAAAAGCAGCUUCAGGAGCUGGACAGUAAAGAGGUGAGAGAUGUUCCUGAGAAAGUCAAGUUACAAAAAGAGUUCCGGAAGAAGAUGGAUGCAGCUAAGUUGAAAGUGCAGGCCUUACAGAAGAAGCAGCAAGGCACUAAAAACCUGGCUUCCUUAUCUAACCAAAGUGAGAGAGAAGCAACAGAACUUGAGCAGAGCGUGGCUCAGAUGAAGCAUCAGCAAUCCCAGAUACAGAAGAGACUGUAUGAGGAGAGUGAAAAAAAGAAACAACUAGAAGCAGAACUUCAGCAGGACCAGCAACAAAUUAAGGAAUUUCAGCUUAAGAUGGAGCAACAACAGAAGAUCCUUGAACUGAAGGAUAAAGAAAUUGCUGCUUUCAAAAAGAAGAAAAAUAACUCUGUGGGAACUCCACAUAAACUACAGAAAUUAGAAGAGCAAAAGAAGUGGUUGGAUGAAGAAAUGGAAAGAAUUCUUCAACAACAUCAACAGUUAGCAGAACUAGAAGAAGAUUUAAAGAGAAGAGAAGCCAUUGUAGCCAAAAAAGAAGCAUUAUUGCAAGAGAAAAGCCACCUGGAAAUCAAGAAAUUGAGAUCUAGCCAGGCCUUAAACAAAGAUAGUGUGAAAUUGGCUGCUCGCUUAAGUAUACUGGAUCAGGAGCUGUGUGAUAAAAGUAUGCAGCUUCAGGGCAGCACCACUGAAGACAAGACAGACAUUUUGGAAAAAAUUCAGGUUCUCCACAUGGAAAGGGAUCAGCUGCUCAGAAGGAGAAAUAGUGUGGAUGAGAAACUGAGAGAUGGUAAAGUGUUGUCAACUGAAGAAGAACAUGUCCUUUUCCAGCUAGAAGAAGGAAUUGAAGCUCUGAAGGCUGCUAUUGAUUACAAGAAUGAAAGUAUUUAUAAUCGCCAGCACUUGCUUAGGUCAUCUUCUCAGAGUCUUUCACAGAGUGAGAAUAAUGUAAUAGGGAAACUAGUUUCCCUGUCUGCUGCUGAGCUCAGAGCUAUUAUCAUCAAUUAUUUCAACAAGAUUGUUGGCCUACGUGAGUCUGAACGAAAAUUACAACUGCAGAUUGAAGAACAGGAAAUGAAGGCUAUGGACCGGGAAAACAUAAUACGUGAAUUAGAAUCAGCACUUGGACACAUGAAGUUGCAGUGUGACAGGCAGCUCACCCUCCAGCGCAAAGAACACCAGAAAAAAAUACAGUUGAUAUUGCAUCAUUUGAAAGAAGAAGAGAGUGAAGGUAUUGCAGAAACCUUGAAAGGGUAUGAAGUAAAAGUCCAGCAACUGGAAAAGGAAUUAUUUUUCUAUAAGAAAACCAGCAGAGAGCUGAAGAAGAAAUUGAAGGGCCUCUUUGGAGAGACAUCCCAUCAAAUAUUGUCAUCCAGUAAAUGUGAGCAUAUUAUCUGAAACUGUUUAUGCAAUUGUCAGUAGACCAUUUGAAGCAUCUACAACCUCAAAUUAUUAUGGUUAACACAAAGGAAUUUUGCUAUCUGAAAGGGUCUGAAUAGUAUUAAACUAACAGCUUUGUUAUAUGUCAUGCACUUGAUUUCUUAAAAGUUACUGCGAGAUUGUCAAUGAAAAAUUCCAUGCUUUUAGUUACUAACUAGUUACUUACAUACUAAGGCUGAAAGAGAGGAUGUACAUACUUGUAGGGAAAAAAAAGUGCUUUCUAGUGUGAUUCUGUGCUUUGACAUAAAAAAUCCUCAACCAUCUCAAAACCCCAAAAAACCACAACAACCAACAGUUCCUAUAAGUUUUUAAUUGUUCUAUGUCCUACUUGCCAGAAUCAAAACCUACAACAGAGCUAUUCACAUGGAGGAGAAAAGAAGGUUCAAUUUCAUCGCUGUUUCAGUUGCCUCAUACCUCUGGAUGACACCACAAUACCUAAGAUGCACAAUACAGCCUUCUUGGCCCCAUGUUUCUCUUGGAGACUCAGCAAGACUGGUUCUUCCUCCAGCAGAUGCUUCCGUUUCUUUCCACUCUGACAAUGCUGUGCCUUCUACAAAGAAAUGCCAGCCACUUCCCUGCUACUCCCAGAGUGAAGUAAGGCUUGGCUCUUGCCCUCUGGGCAGGAUAAUGAGCCAACAUAUUCAUUACCAUAAAGUACACCAUCAAACUGUGAACAUGAAUAUUCCAGAGACUGGAUUAUAAAAGAGCAUGGGAAAGACUAUUCUGUGCCUAGUAUACAAAGAAGCAUGCAGUUCAGGACAAUGUAUCCAUGUCCUGAAUAUUCAUAGGGAAACACCUAUCCUAGGCAAAUUGUAGCAAUGGAAAGAAGGGAGAAGAUGCCUGUGAAUAUCCACAUUUUUUAAAUGCAUAUACUUGCAAGUUUUAUAAGAAAUACUCUGCAUUUAGUUAUUUUUCUUUUUAAUACAUUGUGAGGCAUGUUGCUAUAUAAUGUAAAAAAACCACUUUGUCAUUUGUUACUGAGCUUUAGAAAUAAUAAAAUCCCUUUGUGUAUAUUGCAGUCAAAUUUGCAGAAUGUGUUUUGUGUACUGUAUUAGUAUAAUUGCUGACUGUUUUCCAAUGUAUGAAUAAUUUCAUUUUUGUCAUGGUUCAGUUGUUUCAAGACUGCCUACUAGGAUACAUUACAAGUUAGUAUGGUGAGGCUUUUAUUAACAGCACCUUCUCAGAUGAGAGUAAUGGCUAAUUCCUCUGACGUUUUUGUAGAUGGUGAACUCUUUGAACAGAAAGGACAAAAUGUGAGGUGCUGAUAAUUUCUUACCAUGUUCAUGCUACAAGUUACUGAUGCUGUAAAACCAUAUUGACUACCUAUGGGAGGCACUCAGAAGAGUUGUAACUUUCAGCUAUUUAUCUCCUGAUAAAUUUCAUCUUAGGUAACAGUGCUGGUCAAGAGAAAGCAGAAAUUGCUUCUGAAGAUUUCAAGUGAAAACAGCUAUUAAAGUUCAUAUAUUUAUUAACUACAAGUAAAAGUACUUAUUUGAAGCAUCAGAAAGCUCCCAAUCUGUCAACCUGCUCAGUGUACUUUAAGCAAUGAACAAAAAUAGUAAUAAACUAAUUUAAAAUAA